AUGCGGAACAGCGUUCGAGUCGCCGUCAGGACGCGGCCCACGCCUAACUUCAAUGACAAAAUAUUCUGCAUCGAUGAAGAACAGGGGACAAUCGACGUGACAGUGCCUUCCCGAAAUGACGUGUCCCAUUUCAAAUUCGACAAAAUGUUUCACAACGCUCCGCAGGAGCGUGUCUUCGACGACUGCGUCCGAGACAUAAUCACCAGCGUCAUGGAGGGUUACAACGGCACGGUUAUGGUCUACGGACAGACGGGAGCGGGAAAGACCUUCACGAUGAGUGGCGGUCCUCGUAAUUUUGAGCUACGUGGUAUCAUCCCGCGAGCAAUCAGUGCCAUCUAUGAGGAGGUAUCAAACCGACCAGAGACCGCAUAUACAAUUCGCAUCUCGUACACUGAAAUAUACACAGAAUUCAUGUACGACCUCCUCUCGUCUCUGUCUGUCGGCAAGCAAUCGGGCAACGAGCUGCAGAUUCAGGAAGAUGCGAAAGGAGGCCUGUUCGUACGAGGUUUGACUCUCCGCCUAGCUGCUACAGAAGAAGAAGCGUUGAACCACUUCUUUGAAGGCGACAUGAAUCGGGCCGUUGCAGGGCAUACGAUGAACGCUCAAUCGAGCAGAUCUCACUGUAUUUUCAGCAUCUAUAUUGAGGGCAAAUCUCGAGUCGAAUCGAACGAUAGAAUCGUGACUUCCAAGCUUCACCUGGUGGAUCUGGCUGGCUGCGAACGAGUCAAGAAAACAAAGUCGGAUGGCAUCCUACUAAGAGAGAGCUCCUAUAUAAACAAGUCUCUGUCCUUUCUCGAAAUGGUUGUUGUGGCGCUGGGAGAGAGGGGCCGGGAUCACAUCCCUUAUCGAUCCUCCAGAUUGACUCACCUUCUCAAGGACUCUAUUGGCGGUAAUUGUCGGACAUGCAUGAUCACUAACAUCUGGCCGGAGCCGCAGCACAUGGAAGAAACGAUCAGUACCCUCAGAUUUUCGACGCGAAUGAUGCGCGUGUCCAACAGAGCGGUUGUCAACGUGCAAAUUGAUCCGUUAUCGCUCUUGCGAAAGUACGAGCGUGAAAUCCGCUCGCUGAAGCAGGAACUGCAAAUGCAAAACAACCUCUGUGGCAGAACACAAGUGGCGUAUGAAGCACUUUCUCCUGACGAAAAGGAAGAGAUGAAAAAGACGGCCCAGGCAUUCUUCGAAGGCGGAACAGAACUUAUUGAGAUCGUUUCCCUCAGGCAAGUAAAUGAGUUGAUGCGAAUCAUGCGCGAGCUAUACCAGGAAGCUCUUGUCCCGAAGCGAGAUGCACAAGACAGUCAUCCGGAAUCAGUUACAGGUGUAUCAGCACAAGAUCCAAGUGACGGACAGAUUGGCAAGCAGAGACAUGUGCGAGUCGCAGCAUCUUCCGCUUCAGGGAGCUCUGCAGCAACGAAAGAAAACAUGGGAGCAGCCACGGCGACACUGAAGGCUCAGCCGACUUCCGUUGUUGUGAAGCCGGGGCCGAUGCAUGUUGGCGUGGAUGAUCCUGGAUCUGGAGGAGUAUCCCUCGGCAUUGACCCGGACCAGUCCAUAAGAGAAACCAGGCAGAGCAUGGAGAGGAACGACAGCCCUCAGCAGAGCUUUUAUGACAACACCAAGCCGCGACAAAGCCUAAAAGACGGAUCCCCAUCUCGGUUGCCGCGAGCGCGAGAGGGUGAUCUGGUAGAUCGAAAACAAGCGUACUUUGACUUCAAGCAGGGCGAGGGGAAGAUAUAUGAAGACAGCUUCAUGCAAAUUCGUCAUGAACUGAAUGAGAAACGCUCGGCGUUCACAGCUCUCGCUGCGAGCAUUACUGUUUACGUUGACGAGAUGGAGGCCCUCAAGGAGAAGUUGCGGAUCAAACAAGAGGCAGCCGAGGAGCUCACAAUGGUGGUCCCCGGGACGGACGGACAGAGAGUUGUGGAUGAGGAAGAAUUCGUGCUCAUGAAGAAGCUGAAGGAGACGAAAAACAAGAUUAGAGCCGCCAUGAAGGAAAGGAAGAACAUAAAGGCUGCCUUAACGCAAGGAGAACACGAGAUUGCUCGCUGUAAAGUUGAGCUGGUGAACGCAUUCAGCGCCUGGUAUCGUGCCCACGUUUCACCCGUUGCGUAA